AUGGCAGACUGGAAGACACAGAUAAGUUACAAUUAUAACCAGUCUUACGCCUAUGCUUAUGGGCUCAUGUACCCACCCGGGCCGGAGCAGACCAACGGGAAUCUGACUGGCUGGACCAACGGCGGACUCACCGAUUUAAACAGCUUUAACGCGGGGGUGAACCAGGCCUACUAUGCCACCCCUGCCAGGACCCAGGAGGAGACCCCACCUGAGAGCCCAGAAGAGGCAUCCUUCAACGGCCUCUACCCAAAUUCCGGGCUAGUCUACUUCGGGGACACCCAGACAAGCCGCUUGCUCCUGACUGGACCGCCCCGGGAUUCCUAUGAAGUACAUGAAAAUGAGGGCAGACGGGCCGGCAGCGAUACCGCCAGCGACAACUCUGAGCAUGCCUCCCCAUCCCCUGACUCAUGGAGCUCUGGAAGUGGAAGCAGCCAAGAAAGCAGUCUUCCUCACGCGGAUCCUGCUACUUGGGUGACAAAAAACCUUAAUGAUGAGGCCGACCCUGCGAUGUGGGUGAAGAAGGAAAUCAAAAGUGAGGUGGACAACAGGAGUCCUGAUGCCACUGUGGAAGUUUCAAGCUCUCUCAAGAAAGAUCCUCAGACCUUUGCUGCAAUGGGGAAUGAAACUGCUGAUACCACUACAUCUUCUCCACAAGCAUCCAUGACAGCCCAAAAGAAUCCAAACUCUAAUCCCAAAGGAAAGGUUCGGGUUGCUUUCACUGAGAGUCAAAUGGAUGUACUUCAUACACGCUUCAAUGUGCAGAGGUACCUCACCCCUGCUGAAAUGAAGCAGCUAGCAGAGGUCACAGGGCUGACCUACAAGCAGGUGAAGACUUGGUUUCAGAAUCGCAGGAUGAAACUGAGGAGACACCAGAAAGACAAAAAUUGGGUGUCUGAACGCUACGCUGUUCACAAGAGUGGCCCAGUUGGAGGACCAGUCUUCCCCAACUACUCCUCACACAUCCAACCAUAUCCGGGAGAAGCCAGGCCCCCGGUCAACCAGCACAUGAUGGAGGCGGCCUUUAAGAAUCCUCCCCCAAACCUGGCCUUCUACCUGGCUGCUGUGGGCAGUGCUCCUGGAUCUGCUGGCUACUCCUCAUGGUCUCCUGGGACCCCUCAGACUACAUUUCCCAACAGUCCUCAGACACCCAGCUGGCCUGUGCCUGCAGUCGUUGGUCCCUAUGAAUAUCCUCCCAGUGCAUUCAACCCAGUCAUCGUUAACACCACCAGCCAAGAUACCAGCUUCAGCAAGGAUCAGGAGCAAAUCAACCGUAGCCCCCUUGGUGCUGCCACAGAGCAUAACGUCACUCAUAACAACUAA